AUGAACGCCACGAGGGGCUCCGCGGCCGAGCGGCUGCGUCCAGCCGUGUGGAUUCUUGCCUUUGCAUGUUCCUGCCUGAUCCUGGUUUCGAGUCCGUGCGCGGCGUUUGAAAAGUGGGAAAGGCCCCUUGGCUGGAAUCCCCAGUAUGGCCCCCGCUAUGUGGUGUUUUGGGGGGGCCCAUCUGGCUACAAAGAGCCUUCUCUGGGCACUUGCAGCUACGGGCAUUUCUCGACGUCUCCCGAGCCUGCGGCGGCGCGGCUCUCCGCCUUCGAUGAUUUCGGCCUCUUGAGUCUUUACGAAGGCUCCCAGAGCGCCAGCUUUCCCCCCUCAGCUGCAGAGGAUCAGCAGCAGCAGCAGCAGCAGCUGCAGCUGCAGCAGCUGCGGCGGCUGCCGUUUCUUGAAUCGCACCCGUCUUUUCGCUACGCGGCGGCGCCGGCGGCCCCGCUGCUGCAGCCCAGAGGCAGCAGCCUGCAGCAGCUGCUGCGGGCAGCAAAAGCAGUGGCAAUGGAGGUUUGCCUGGACUUUCUGCAGCGGAUGGAGCAGCAAAGUGGAGCCCCCACGGGGGCCGCAGCAAACAAGCUGGAGGCGGAGGCAGCGCGGGUGUUUCUGGUGCUGCUGGAGGCCUACGAGGCGCAGCAAAGAGCAGCAGCAGGGCCCUCUCCCGAAGCAGCAGCAGCAGUGGCUGAGAAGCUGCAGAGCCUCCUCAGCAGCGCCCGAAACCAAGAAAGCUGGGACUCCAGCAAAUAUGCUUAUUGGCUGGAAGCCAGCAGCAGCACUGCAGCAGCAGGGGGCCCCUACUACUUGCCGGACUUGGAGGCUUCUUUGCUGGCUUCUUCUUUAAGGGCCCUUUCCCUCGCGGGCCCCGAAGCCCAGGGGCCCCUGGGGGGCCCCCAGGGGGCCCCCCUGGGGGGCCCCAACGCCUACAGGGACUGCAGCCACUUGGCGAGCAGCUCGGGGGCCCCCGGCACUGCUGCUGCGAGGCAGCUGCUGUGCGCUGACUCCUUCUUUGCUGCUGCUGCUGCUGCGCACAAAGCAGCAGCACGAAUUGCUGCUGUCUGCUCCCCCAGAGGCCAGCAGCUCAUCAGCAGCGCAGCAAAAAGGCUCCAAAAAACACUUAAAGCAAAUGCAAAAGAAAUCCAAAGUGAAAGCCCUUUCAAGACUCUCGCUGAACAAAUCCUCAAAGAAGGAGAAUAG